AUGGAGCUGGGAAACUGCUCCAGGGUAAAAGAAUUUCUUUUCCUUGGCCUAACCCAGAAUCAAGGACUGAGUUUGGUCUUAUUUCUUUUCCUACUUUUGGUGUAUGUGACAACUCUUCUGGGAAACCUCCUCAUCAUGGUCACCGUGACCUGUGAGUCUCGCCUUCACACCCCCAUGUACUUCCUGCUCCGCAAUCUAGCCAUCCUGGACAUCUGCUUCUCCUCCAUCACUGCUCCCAAGGUCCUAGUAGACCUCCUGACCAAAAUAAAGACCAUAUCAUACACAAGCUGCAUGACGCAGAUGUUUUUCUUCCACCUCCUCGGUGGGGCAGAUAUUUUUUCCCUCUCUGUCAUGGCCUUUGACCGCUACAUGGCCAUCUCCAAGCCCCUGCACUACGUGACCAGCAUGAGCAGGGGGCGAUGCACUGCCCUCAUUGUGGCCUCCUGGGUAGGGGGCUUUGUCCACUCCAUUGUGCAGAUUUCCCUGUUGCUCCCACUCCCCUUCUGUGGGCCCAAUGUUCUUGACACGUUCUACUGUGAUGUCCCUCAGGUCCUCAAACUCGCCUGUACUGACACCUUUGCCCUUGAGCUGCUGAUGAUUUCCAACAAUGGCUUGGUCACAACCCUGUGGUUUAUCUUCUUGCUUGUGUCCUACGCAGUCAUCCUCAUGAUGCUGAGGUCCCAGACAGGGGAGGGCAGGAAGAAAGCCAUCUCCACCUGCACCUCCCACAUCACGGUGGUGACCCUGCACUUUGUGCCCUGCAUCUACGUCUACGCCCGGCCCUUCAACGCCCUCCCCACAGAUAAGGCCAUCUCUGUCACCUUCACUGUCAUCUCCCCUCUGCUCAAUCCUAUGAUCUACACCCUGAGGAACCAGGAGAUGAGAUCAGCCAUGAGGAGACUGAGGGGAAGACUCGUGCCUUCCAUAGUGGGAUAG